GUUCAGGGACUGCAGCGGGAACGCCUAGCCGCCGCAUAACGGCAACAAGCGGCUAUGGCCGUCGGGGCCCCUAUGAUAAGACCGGCGGUGGCCGGGGCUGUCCCGCCCCUACGCUGUUAUAACUGUAAUCAGCCAGGUCACCUUGCGAAAGAUUGUCCGAAACCUCGAACUCAGGGUGGGCCUGCUGGGCCUUCCCAAAUCCCGCUGGCUGCUCCAACCGCUGCAGGACAAGGGAGGGUGGACACGGUGAUGGAUACCGGGGCAACGGAAAUGGUGACCCCUGCAGCCACUGAGAUAGGGCCCGAUGAAUACAUGGCUGCGGUGAUGUUCGAACCCGGGACCAUCGGAGUGAUACGUCACGUCCAACGGAUUACCGAGGAAAGCGACCUCGGGCCGUGGCGACCAGGGUUCAAAGACCUUGCGGCACCUGGUCCUGAAUACAAGGAUGGCCAUAUCGACGUAUUGGAUGCCUUGAAGGCCUUGGAUCUUCGGAUCCCCGUCCCUAUUCCCUAUCUGCUAACCAUUUUCGAAGCGGAUAAUGAAAAGUUCAUCGAACGAUGCCUCAAAAACAGGCGCCGGUUCGAGGAAAGUCGAAAGGGUAAAAAGCCGGUCCUACGGGACCUACCCACAAACGAGGAGUCGCAGCCCUCGACCUCAAAGGUGCACGAAGCCGACCGGAUAGGAAUGAUCCAGACCGUAGACUCUGCCUCGGAAAAACCCGAGGAGCAUGAACUGCUCGAGCACUUCCAGCCGCCCAUCUCGGACGCUCUUCUCCGGAACCGGUUCAACGACGAUCGGCAACUGCGCUUCGACAUUCAGCAAGUGAACGUCUCGGCUCCUAGCGUUGCUGACUUGGCGGUGUACUCGCUCCUCGCGCAGCGGGUAACGUACGCGGGCGUCUAUGUGGACAUAUCACCCGUGCCUGGUCAGGAAUCCACACGAGUGUUCAUGGAGUUCCGAGCCAUCCAGGUGGCUACGAACUUUGUGCACAACAUCGCUACUUUCACGGGGGAUUUGACCGUCUUGCCCGGGCACGAUCGGGAGCCGGCGUACAGGUUCUUGCGCUAUUACGCCCUCCAGGUGGCGAGAUCGGUGGCGCGAGUGCAAGCGAGGGGCACUCAUCGCUUCACAGCAUACAAAGGACUUCUACGGCGGACUCCUGAGGGAGCACUUGCAUUGGUGGCGCAGCUUCCCGCGCUUCUUCCUCCCACCGAGCCCCUCAACAUCCAAGCUCUUCCCUAUCCUAUGCGCAACUUCCCCGAGUACCUGGUGGAGCUGACGGACGUGGAGCAGUUGCCGGCCGCUGACGAGGACGCGUGGGAGCUGCAUCGGGCGUUGUAUUCGUCGGUGGUGCUGGGCAUGUUCACCUUUUUCGUGGAGCACGAAGUUCAUAACGUCGGCGAGUUCCUCCACGCAUACUACGUGAUCGCCAAGCCGAGGUCGGAGCGGAAGGAGGGAACAGUGGCGCUUUACCCUUUUGGGAGGAUCGGAACGAAUCGCCCGGGGCUCUUACAACUCAUUCACAUUGAGUUGUUGUCCAUCACGCAGGUAAUCGCCGCAGAAGAAGAAGACUUGCAGCUCAGACUGCGGACCUCCUCAGCCCCGUGCAGAGCGUAUAACGCGGCGGUGAUACCUGACUACCUGGCGCGUGAGGGGGAGUCCGUGGUGGACUUCGGGCACGAAGAUAAGCCGUUGCGGCCUCCAUCAUCGUAUCCAAAGCCGGCGGCCCUGAAGGCACCGAGAAAGAGAACUGUCCCGAAGCAGCGACGAAGUCCAUCGCCGGAAGCUCAGGCCAGUCGAGUGGGGCCUGUUGAGGAGGUCGUCCAGCCUGCGCCGGUGCGCGAAGUCGAUCCGGUUCGCGAGACAAGAGCCACACUCAUCAUCGGACCCCGACUGGGGGAGGACUGCCCCGCCGAAGAACCGCGGAGAUCCACAGGCCAUCGAGAGUCGACACCUCAGCGGCCCCGCUUCCCCGAUCUCAAUAGCCAUGCAGCCGGGCCAUCAGGCGCAGGAGGGGGAUUGGGACGAGUUCCAUAUCCCGCAUCCAGACCCCCCCUCCUUGCAGGACCGUUUCGAUUUCGCCAGCCCAUCCGGGAUACCCCGGUCAUUGACAUUAGCAGUUCCCCCGAGCCGGACGGUCCAUCAAACCGACGUGGAUCACAUGGUGGAACUGGCCACCAUCCGGCUUGAGGCCAUCGAGGGGGGGCCGCGUUCUGAUCCGGCAUGGGAGGCGUU